AUGAAGACCUUGAUUGUGCUUGCCCUUCUGAUGGCUGCCGUGUCAGCCAUGCCGCAGUUUGGAUUUGGAGGCCCAGGAUUUGGAGGUCCUGGAUUUGGAAGACCAGGAUUUGGAGGACCCGGAUUUGGAGGACCUGGUUUCGGUGGAGGCUUUGGUGGCGGUCCAUAUGGUGGUUAUGGAGGUGGACCCUAUGGCGGUGGCUUCGGCGGCGGACCCUAUGGCGGAGGCUUCGGCGGCGGACCCUAUGGCGGUUUUGGAGGCGGCGGAAGACGUCAUCACGGACAUCGUGGUGGUGGUGGUGGCGGUGGUGCUGCAUCGGCAGCCUCAUCCGCCAGUGCUGCUGCUGCAGGAGGUGGUGGCGGAGCAGCUUCUGCUUCAGCUUCUGCAUCGGCCUCAGCUAGCGGCGGUGGAGGCGGAUUCUACGGCUAG